AUGGCUAAGGCAUCGAAACAGACAAAGAAGUUUCAGAAUAAACAUCUAAAGCAUACGAUUGAACACAGAAAGAAAGUUCAAGAGUUUAAUAAAAAGGCAGCAAAGAGAAAAGGAAAAGGAGGAAAAGGAGGAAAAGGAGGAGAAGACGACACAGCUACAGCUACAGCAACAUCUCAAGACAAGAAUGGAAGGUCAAAAGAAGUUUUUGAUGAUGUUUCAGUAGACGAGUUUCUUGCCGGCGACUUUGAAAUUCCAAAGGAAAAGAAAAGAAAAACUUUAGAAGCAAAACAAAAAGGAAAUGCAAAGAAAUCUAGCAACAACAACGAUGACGAUGGCGAUGAUGAUGAUGACGAAGAAGAAGAAGACUCUUCGUCAGAAGAGGAAGAUGAGGAAGAUAUGAAACAGAAUUUGGAGAAUCUUGAAAAAGAAGACCCCGAGUUUUUCAAAUACUUGAAAGAGAACGAUAAGGAACUUCUUAGUGUAAAUCCAUUGGAUGCCAUAAGCGACGAUGAAGAUGCCGAGGAAGAAGAAGAAGAAGAAGAAGAAGAAGAAGAUGGAGAAGGAGAAGGAGAAGUUUAUGGUGACGAUGCUGAUGGCGAUGCAAUUAUGAAGGGCCAAGAUGAGGAGAGUGCAAGUGGCGCAAAGAUUGAAAUCACUACUCAACUAGUCAAGAAAUGGGGUGACCAAUUGUCCAAACCCACCACCAAGAUAAUCAGAAAUAUUGUUAUUGCAUUCAAAGCAGCAAUGAACAUCAACAAAGGAGAGGACUAUAAAUAUGCAAUGGUUGAUCCACAAGCGUUUGCUGACUUGAUGAUAAUCGUUUUGAAAAAGGUCCCCAUCGCUAUCGAAAACUUGGUAAAGUACAAAACAAAUGUGCAAGGUGUGAGAACCGUUCCACAAAAGAAUUCACAAGCUGGACAAAUUGCAACAAUUUUGAAAACCCACGCAAGUUCUUAUAUUACGUUGCUCAAGGAUAUCACAAACACCGAAUCCGCUGCUCUCAUCUUGGCAUCACUUUAUGAAGUGUUCCCUUACUAUCUUUCCCACCGUCGUCUCUUGAAGCAGAUUUUGACAGCUGUGGUGGAUGUAUGGGCCAGCGCAAACCAAGUUGAUACUCAAAUUGCAGCAUUUGCAUUCUUAAACAACGUCGUUAGAGAAUACCCCAAGUCGAUUUUGGAAACAGUUUUGAAAUUAACAUAUUCGUCAUUCUUGCAACAUUGUCGAAGAACAAAUAUCCACACCAUUGAUAGGCUCAAUUUCUGCAAAAACUCAUCAGCAGAGUUGUACGGAAUUGACGAAACAAUUGGAUACCAAAUCGGGUUUGAAUAUGUGAGGCAAUUAGCAAUCCAUUUGAGAAAUAGUAUAAACGCUACUUCCAACGCCAAGGAAGGCUACAAAACUGUGUACAAUUGGCAAUUUUGUCACUCGUUGGAUUUCUGGUCGAGAGUAUUGUCCCAGCUUUGCAAUCCCGAAAUUGAGUUGAAACACAAGUCAAAAGAAUCUCCAAUGAGACAAUUGAUUUAUCCAUUAGUGCAAGUUACACUAGGCACAAUCAAAUUGAUUCCUACAGCACAAUUCUUCCCAUUAAGGUUUUACUUGUUACGAUCCCUCAUUAGAUUAUCACAACUGACUGGCGUCUACAUCCCAUUGUUCCCAUUGCUUUUUGAGAUUCUUUCCUCAACAGCUAUAACAAAGCCACCAAAGGCUUCAACUUUGCAAAUGGUUGAUUUUGAGCACAAUAUCAAGGUAAACCAGGCUUAUUUGGGAACAAGGGUAUACCAAGACGGAUUAACUGAGCAAUUCAUUGAGUUGACUGCAGAAUUCUUUGGUUUGUAUGCCAAAAAUGUUGCCUUUCCAGAACUCAUUACCCCGGCCGUCUUGGGGUUGAAAAGAUUUACCAAGAAAUCUAAAAACGUUAAAUUCAACAAACAGUUGGGUCAAUUGAUUGAGAAAUUGAAUGCAAAUGCUCAAUUUAUUACAACUAGGAGAGCCAAGGUGGAGUACGGACCAAGUAAUAAACAAGAGGUGAAAACCUUCUUGUCUGAUUAUGAAUGGGCAAAAACUCCACUUGGACAAUAUAUUACUGUUCAGCGACAAUUGAAAGAGGAGAGACUCAAGAUGUUAAGAGAGGCUCAAGAGGAAGAAAGCAAGGCAUUGGAAGCAAAGAAACACGAAGAUUCUGAAUAG